AUGGACAACUCGAUCGCUGGCUAUGGAUUCGAAGUGAUGAUGGCGAAACUUGACUACCUUCAGUACAAGCUGUUCGAAAUCGAGCUCGGUCUGAAAGAGCGUGAUGAGGAGGUGAAGGAAAAGCUGACCAAGCUCGAAGACUCGAUCGAUGGCAUCCAGUGGGCGAUUCAUCGACACGAUCGAGAUGCUGGCCAUAACUUGACAUCGUUGAACGCUCAAUCUCGGAAGAUCCUGGCUCAACAAACGGCGUGCGCUAACCAUGAACAGAUGCGGAAGGAAAUCGCACAACUAUCUUCGAAGUCAAAUACUACCAGCUACAUGCAAUGGUUCACAAAACAAACCUCAUUCUCCCCUCGUGUCAAGGAAGCAUUGAAAUCGUGUAAGGAGGCUCCUGCAAACAAAUCCGGAGUUUAUUCGAUUCAGUUGGGUGAAGAAGGAAAUCCGUUUGAUGCGUUUUGUGAGCAGAACAGCUUCGGCGGCGGAUGGCUGGUCAUUCAGUAUAGAUAUGACGGAUCCCUGGACUUCUAUCGAAACUGGACGGAGUAUCAAAAGGGAUUCGGAAGCUUGGAUCGUGAGUUCUGGAUUGGAUUGGAAAAGAUUCACCAGCUUACAUCGAGUCGGCCGCACGAAUUGAUGGUAGAAGUUAAAGACUUCAGUGGUUCUUACGCAUAUGCAAAUUACAAAAAAUUCACGAUAGGUAACGAAUCGGAGCAACUGCGUGGCGUGUCAAAAUCCGACGAUGACAUCCUGUGUAGCCGUCAGCUGGUCGGCUUGUAG